AUGUCCUCCAACAAUCUACCCAUGACGCUGUUAAGGCGCCAUUUCAGAGCGACGAGGCUUGCACAGCUACAGCAACUCAGGCGACUGAGCCUCUACGAGUACCAGUCUCAGGAAAUUCUACGCAAAGCUGGGAUUCCUGUUCCUCGAGGGCGGGUAGCAGAAACACCAGCGCAGGUUCGGGAUAUUGCAAAAGAACUCGGAGGAUCAUGCGUCGUAAAGUCCCAGAUCCUCAAAGGCGGCCGUGGCAAGGGCACGUUUGAUAGCGGCCUCAAGGGCGGUAUCCACAUCGUCAAUAACCCCGAAGAAGGCGAGAAAAUUGCGGCGCAAAUGCUCGGUCAUAAGCUCAAUACAAAUCAAACCUCGGGAGACGGACUGAAGGUGAACAAGCUUCUCGUCGCCGAAGCUAUUAAAUACAGUGACGAGUGGUACCUUGCCAUGACCAUAGAUCGCGAGGCGUACUUGCCAGCGAUUAUCCUCUCCAAGAAUGGCGGCGUGGAUAUUGAGACGACGGCGAAGCAGACGCCAGAGCAGCUUCACUCCUUCCACUUCAAGUUAUCGGACGGUAUUACACCUGAGCUCAUGGAGAAGGUUUCUUCGACUCUAGGCACAUCCCAAGUAGAGACGAACAACCUUAAGGAUAUCCUUGAACGUCUCUAUAAAAUCUUCGCCGAGAAGGACGCUACGCUGCUUGAAAUAAACCCUCUCGUGCGCAGCGCCAACGGGUCAUUUACUGGUGUGGACGCAAAGUUCUCCUUCGACAAGGCUGCCGAGAGGAGACAGAAGGAGCUCUUUGCUCUGAGGGACUCUGCCCAGGAAGUCCCGGAGGAAGUCGAGGCGGAGCAGUAUGGUCUCAUCUACGUCCGCAUGGACGGGAACAUUGGUAAUGUUGUCAACGGCGCUGGUCUAGCCAUGGCGACGAAUGAUGCGAUCGCCCACCAUGGUGGCUCGAGCGCCAACUUCCUCGAUGCCGGCGGCCAAGCUACCAAGGAGACGAUGCAGAAGGCCUUCGAAAUAAUCCUGCGAGAUCCGCGGGUGAAGACCAUCUUGGUCAAUAUUUAUGGAGGCAUCAUCAGAUGCGACAUGAUCGCAGAGUCCAUCAUCGGUGCUGCCAAGGAACUUGGCCCCUUCCGUGUUCCUGUUGUCGUUCGCCUCCAGGGGACCAACUCCGUCAAGGGAUUGAGAUUGCUGGAGGAGGCGAACCUUGGUCUCCAUACCGAGGCCGAAUUUGGUGAAGCCGCUAGGAAGGCGGUUGAGCUGGCAGGGGCUACGGAGCAUUCGACCUAA